AUGAGCGGUGAUCCGAGCCGGAGCCAUCCGCCGCCGACAACGUCUGCGUGGAUGCAAUAUCCCGAAUCCUGGACCAGCCUGUCGCCCGUGCAUAUGCAAUCACCAGAGCCUCUGGAGCGAGGAGGCCUCAUCGCCGCCAUGAACAGCUUUGCCAACCCUCCGGCCCCUGUUCCGACGGCGCAGUCUGUCCGCGCGCCGUUCAGAGGCCAACCUUCCUCGUCAGCGCCUUCGUACGGCCUCAACGGCGUGAAUGGCAACCAGCGAUUUGGGGCCGAGCCGCCCAGGAACACCUUGUUCGAUGUGUUCGCUCCGCAGCCGCAGCAGCAACCUGUGCGCGUGCUGGUCCGCAACUUGUCGGCCAAUACGACAGAAGAUGCCCUGCGGCUCAUGCUCGUCUUUUCAAAUGAGCUGAUCAGCGUCGAGCUCUUGACUAACAAUUCUGAUGACCUGCCCUAUCGCUCUGCUAUUCUGUACUUCCAAUCCAUGAACGGCGCGCUUGAAGCCCAAACCAAUCUCAGUGGUCGCCUCAACAUGAACAACAGCGGCAACAUGGUGGUUGAUGUCUUGGGCACGUCUACCUAUUCGUCGCCCAACAGAAUGACGCCUAACCCCGUUCCCUUGGCCAGCCCAAGCGCCGCCUCCAACGUUGACCCUUUUACCACGGCGGUUGCUCGUCCUCAGCCGAGCAUUGGCAAUGGAUUCCCGUCCCACGAUGCAAUGUCGCCGACAAUGAGAGGUCGCUUUUUCGGUAGCGUUCCUCCCCAUCAGGACCUGGCCGCUCCAGAUACGGAGGCUAGCAACCACUACAAGAACUUGUUCAAUCCCCAGUCGCCUAUUGGAAACCACCUUGCUAACGAGCUGCCCGGCCGACUGGGCAAAUACAUCAUUAACAAUGAGCUCGGCGAUGACGAUGAUAGCGAACUCCUCAGAGAUCCCAUCGCCUAUGCGGAAAACGGCACCCCGGCCCAACGCAGAGCUACUGCUCCCACCAUUCCCAUCAGCCAAAUGGCGAGCCUUUCCAUCAACACGAGCGCCCCGCCGCCAUUGCCAUCGUACAUCCCAGCUUUGACUUCUCCGGUUCAUGGCGUCAACGGCAGCAACGGAUUCAUGAGGGGUGGGCAGCAGCAGCAGCAGCAGCAGCAAUCGCAACAGAAUCAUCACUCACUCACUCGGAUGCCGCAGCAAAGGCCGCAGCAGCAGCAGCAGCAGCAGUCGCGAUCACAGGCGCAGCAGCAGCAGCACGACAAGUCCCCGAGGCAACAAUUAUCAAAACCUCAGCAACAAGACAGGCAGCAACAACAGUCGAACCAACAGGUGCCCUACGGAAGGUCCAACUUUCCUCCUGUCAACCCCGCGGACCAGAAUCCUCCCUGCAACACGCUUUACGUCGGCAACCUGCCUGUCGAUACGGCUGAAGAGGAGCUCAAGGCAAUGUUUUGCAAGCAGCGAGGCUACAAGAGACUUUGCUUUCGUACCAAGGCAAAUGGGCCCAUGUGUUUUGUCGAGUUUGAAGACAUUUCGUUAGCCACACGGGCACUGAAUGAAAUGUACGGAGCGUUGCUGCACAAUAGCACCAAGGGUGGCAUCCGCCUGAGCUUCUCCAAGAACCCGCUUGGCGUUCGUUCUGGCCAGCCUGCUUCACAAGUCUCUCAGACAAGCAUGCCUCCCAUGAGCGGAGUGGCCCCGUCAAACUUGUCUAAUGCCUUUGCUGCGGCCAGUGGCCCCCCUCCAGGCCUGUCUGUACCACCAGGACUUGGUUCACGAGGCGCUGGCUACGGCGGCCCCGGCCACAGCAUUACGAAUCAACGAAACAGCAACUUUUCAAGCCUGCCAUCCAACGGCAAUAAUCACCGUCAUCAACACGGUCAAGACUCCUAUUUUGCGUAUACGAGUUCCAACAAUGGAAACGGUACUGUGGUUAGCUUCAGCAACGCUGGCUCUUCCCGCAACACACCUUUCUACACCAAUGGAGCGAGCAGGCCUGCUAAGCCUCGCACUCCUUUCGCAUAA